AUUCCUCAACCCAACCACCCGCUACUCUCACUAGGGUUUUAGACUUUUAGUUUUUCAUCGUACUGUUCCGGACUUUGGAGGUUUUGCCACUCGAAGCCCUCCAGUUGCUGCGGAGGCUCUUCUCUCUUAUUUGAUCCGAAUCGUCGAGAGCCAUUCUUCUCCUUUCCUUCUCCACCCGAUACUCUCCGAGUUUUGUUGCCGAUCGAAGGCAGAGCAUAAACAGCACUAACAAUGGCGGGCCUCGUUCCUCCUCCUCCAACCGCGGCUGAUACGAUUCCGAAGCCGAAAGAGGAUGAGAAAGUGGAUUACUUGAAUCUUCCUUGCCCUAUUCCGUAUGAGGAGAUCCACCGUGAAGCUCUCAUGUCUUUAAAGCCUGAACUGUUUGAAGGGAUGCGCUUCGAUUUUACUAAAGGACUCAAUCAGAGAUUCUCACUCAGUCACAGCGUGUUCAUGGGACCUACGGAGAUUCCUUCACAAUCUCCUGAAACUAUUAAAAUUCCCACUGCUCACUAUGAGUUUGGUGCCAACUUUAUAGAUCCAAAGUUGAUGCUUUUUGGGAGAAUGAUGACUGAUGGAAGGCUUAAUGCAAGAAUAAAGUGUGAUUUAUCUGAGAAUCUUACUUUGAAGGCCAAUUCUCAGCUUACCAACGAGCCUCACAUGUCACAUGGCAUGGUCAAUUUUGAUUACAAGGGCAAAGAUUACAGGUCACAGUUUCAACUAGGAAAUGGUGCAUUGUUUGGAGCAAACUACAUUCAGAGCGUGACCCCCCAUAUGGCUUUGGGUGGUGAAGUGUUCUGGGCUGGUCAGCAUCGUAAGUCUGGUAUUGGCUAUGCUGCUCGGUACAACACAGACAAGAUGGUUGCUACAGGGCAAGUCGCUAGUACCGGAAUGAUUGCUCUUAGCUAUGUACAAAAGGUGUCUGAUAAGGUUUCUCUUGCAUCAGAUUUCAUGUACAACUACAUGUCAAGAGAUGUCACGGCUAGUUUUGGUUAUGAUUACAUUCUUCGACAGGUGAACAUUUUAGGGUUUAAGUUACACAACCAGUGCUAUCGGAUUGCUGCUGGAGUAUGUUACUACCUAUGCCGUCUUAGAGGAAAGAUUGAUUCCAAUGGCACCGUAGCUGCAUUUUUGGAAGAGCGACUAAAUAUGGGUCUUAAUUUUGUUCUUUCUGCAGAGAUUGAUCACAGAAAGAAAGACUACAAAUUCGGGUUUGGAUUGACUGUCGGGGAGUAAAGUGCAGGACCAAUGCUGUUUCGUCAUUCUUGCGGGCAAGAUAUCUCUUUAUUUUUCCAUUCGAGUUGAACUAGAGAUCCCUGUAUACUUAAUCCCGGGUAACAUUAUCACAGGGUGGGAUCAGUUGAGCCCGUUUUAGUAGCCGGUGUCUGUUUGGAGUUCCCUUUUUUUCAGUUAAGAGUUGUAGAAUAAGAUUUCUAAAUAAUUCAAAUUGUAUUUCUAGUCACAACAUUAACCUUUGUUCGAAACAGGAAACUUUAUUUCUUGAAUGAAUCUGAUGAUCCUCUGCUACAAUUGCUUCA